AAUUAAAACUGCUCGGCCAGUAGCUCAGGCCUACCACUUACUAGCUCUUACACUUAAACUCAACCCAUUUCUGUUAACCUAUAUGUUGCCAUGUGUUCCGUGACUUUACCUGUGUGCCAUUACAUGCUGCUUCCUGGACGGUGGACUGGCAUCUCCUCCUCAGUUCUGUUUUUUUUUUUGUCUUUUUUUUUUUUUUUUUCCUCAGAAUUCUCCUUCUCUGCUUAUUCUGCCUAUACAUCCUGCCUGGCUACUGGCCAAUCAGCGUUUUAUUUAUCAACCAAUCAGAGCAACACAUUCACAGCAUAUAGAACAUCCCAUAGUACCUCCCCUUUUCUGUCUAAUCAAAAAGGAAGGGUUUAACUUUAACAUAGUAUAAUUACAUAUAACAAACAGUUAAAAAGCAAGACUUACAAUAUCUAGUCUAUUUGUAUUUUGUAAAAUUAAAGAAAAUAUUCUAUCUAUCCUAUAUUUGUGAGUAAAGUUUCAUAUCUAAUUUAUCUUUUAUCAUAACUAAGCAAAAUUAUAACUAGUCUUCAACUACAUCAAAGACCUCAGAAGGAUAUAAUAUUACCUAAGUAACCAGCAAGUACAUUGUAAGCAACUUCCAAAAAUCUAGAAUGACAGAGAUAGCUGGCUGCCUGGACAGUCAUCCAAAGUUCUUCUGUAACAUUAGGGCAUCCGUUCUUCAGCCAACAGGCCUAGAGUCUCUCAGUUGCUUCUCUGUGUCCUGUAGAAUGUCUGGCAGUUUCCUCUGUGGAGCAGGAACCUGAAGAACCAUCUUGCCUUGCUGUUCUGCCCUCUCAUUGACUCUUAGCCCAGCAACCUCACUUCCUUGUAACUGCCUGUCUGUACAGACCUCCAGGUCUCUAUGGUUGGUACUGGGAUUAAAGGCGUGUGUCACCAUGAUUAGUUGUUCCCUAGUGUGUCCUUGAACACACACAGACUCUGCUUCCCAUGUGAUCGGGAUUAAGGGCAUGUGCUACCACUGCCUGACUUUUGUUUAUGGGCUGGCUAUGUCUUCUGAUCUCUAGGCAAACUUUAUUUAUUAACAUACAAAUAAAAUAUCACCACAUUUCAGCACAAAUAAAGUGUCACCACAUAGGACCUCCCUAUUUGCCUAGUGCCUGGGAGGUAGAGAGUCACAAGGAGUCCCAUUAAUCUUGGGGACCAGACCAGAAGUGACUGAAACCAGAAAGAGAAACAACUAAAGACAUACUGCUCCGUGGAAUAGUUAGCAUGUUAGCUGCUCUACAGGAGCCCAGAAGAUAGAUUAUAGUAGAGGAGAUAGGGAUGGCUCAUGUGUAAAGUACUUGUACAAACAUGAGGGCCCAAUGUUCAGUCUCCACAUAAAAACAAAACAAAAUAAAUCCCACAAGAAACUAGUUGCAGCAGGAUAAUCCCAGAGGCCUUCUGGCCAGAUAACUCUUGUUGCAUUGGUGAUCUCCAGGAUCAAUGAGAGAUUUCUCAAAAAACUAAGGUAGAGGAAGACACACAUGCAUAUAACAAGAUUACCAGUGAAGUCCGACAGUGGAAGGGAGAAAGAUCAGGUAGAGAAAUGCAAGGCCACGGUCUCUCUGAGGUUUCUUACCCAGUUCCCUGUCUGUGGAUCUAGUGGAACUUCAGAUUGUUCCAGGCCAAACGGGGGGAAAAAGGGAAUUACAAGAUUUGUCUAUCUCCCAUACCACCCUAGCAUUCUUCACAGAUUUUGUAAGAGUAGCCAUUAAUUUUUUCACUUCUCUAUAUUCAGUGAUUUCCUUCUUUGUAUCCAUCCUCUCCUUUCUGUAAACCACAGCUCCUGACUUUGUGCCCUUCUUCAUACUUGUUCUUUUCUUUCAUGGCAUUAUCUUUCUCUUAGGUUUGAAUUCUCUAAAUCUUGAGACUAUGUCAGUAUUUUAUAGUCCAGAUGAGAACAUUACACACUGCCAUGCAUAUAAGGCCAAAUAGGAGUCCUUCAUUUAAGCUGGUGACCAGGAGCAGGCUAGCGCCUUGGAAAAACUCUUGGCAUAGAAGCUUGGGUACAGACAAAAACCACAUUGUCAGGAAUAGGUUAGGGGAACCUGGUAAUAUUGCUUUGGCUACACAUUUCAGAUACUUGGUUAUGAGUUUGGGCUAUGGUCAGGAUCAUAGAAAAUCCUGAAUGUGUUGCCAAGGCUGAUGUAACUGUUUAGAGGGUCCCUAAGCAGGCACAAAGUCAGGGCAAGAUGGUGUUAUCUCAGUCACUUGAAGUCUAUGUAUUUACAUUCUCAAGUCUUCCCAGCCACUCCAGAUACCAAUCACUUACGAGGACGUGGCAGUGGAUUUCACCCAGGAAGAGUGGGAAUGUCUGACUGAGAAGCAGAAGGCUGUUUACCAGAAUGUGUUGUCAGAAACCUUUAAGAACCUGACAUUUGUAGACAGUCACGGUAGUGCAUCUCAUCACUCGGAAGAAUGGAGAGUUCAGAGCCAGCUUGCACAGUGAGACAAAGACAACAAAACUAUGCCUCCCACCCACCCAAAAUAUAACUCCACUCACAGCCAAAAUAUUUUCUGCCUAAACCAGAUCAGAACACCAUGCAAAAUGGAAAAGGACGGAGGAGAUCAGGUUUCCAUCCCCCAAAGACAGCAGGACGCAAGAGAAAAUCUCAAAAACCUAGCUCAAACCUGGAAGAUGAGGAGAGAGAUGAUGAAGAGAAGACCUCUCGUGCUUGCACAGGGAUAUUCAAAGGUGGACCUCUCUAUUUCUGUCUGACCUGUGGCAAAUGUUACAAAAAGUACACCAACGUCUUUAAUCACCAGUUUCCUUUGAAGGCCCAGCAGACUACUGGCCACAAAGCCCUCGGCUCCAAGCCCCAGAAUCGUAGAGGGAGACCUUUCGCUUGUGAGCUCUGUGACAAGAAUUACCGUGAUGCCUCUGGACUGAGCCGUCACCGACGUACUCAUUUAGGUUAUAGGCCCAGUUCAUGCUCUGUGUGUGGAAAACGCUUCCGGGAUCAGUCUGAGGUCAAACGCCACAUGAAGGUACACCAAAACAGGAAGCCAGUGGCUAGCAGCCAGGAGCGUAAGGUGAAGGCUCCACGUACAUCACCUAGAUCCCAGGCUCCCAUCCUCAGGCACUCAAAAGUGAUCCAGGGACCAGUGGCCAGGACUAAGACAAGGAACAGCAGAGCCUCAUCCUUGGAUGUCAGAUCCAACCCUAUUCCAGUGAGAUGCUCUAGAAGAAAGAUCCGCUGCCCCUAUUGUUCAGUACGUUUAACCAGGAAGACCUAUUUCUUAACCCACCUCAAGUUCCACUUCAAAAAUCAGCCCAACCAAUACUUAAGUUGCAAGGAGUCCUCCCAGUCGUCUGUGAUGAUAGGCUCCCACCGGAACACCCACAGGAAGCAAAAUAUCUACUGUUGCCCCAUCUGUGAUAUCUGCUUUAGGGGAAAGGAAAGCCUGCUGGAUCACUUGUGCUGUAAGAGAUCAGGCAGACCCAUUAAGUGCUGGGCAAUCCUGGGUCAUUUGCUUGGCUUUCUUUAUGAACCCUUGUGUCUGGGAAAUACUUCAACAGUAGAGGAGUCCUCGGAGGAGGAUGAAUGAAAAAAUGAAAUCCAAUCCAGGAAGACAAGAUGAAAUAAGCAUGCAGUGAGAAUCCUGAAGCAUAAAUAAAAGACCUGUUUGGGGCUGGUGAGAUGGCUUAGUGGCCAAAGGAGCUUGCUACUCAAGUCUGACCUCCUGAAUUUGAGCCCUGAGACCAUUGUGACAGAAGGAAAGAACCUAUUCCUGACCUCACACAUGUCCCACCCCUCACAUCUCUCCCCACCCCCACAAAAUAAAUAUAAUUUUUAAAA